AUGAAUACGUUCACUAAAGUAAUUCGUCUAUUCAUCGAUGGCGUAUGUGACGAGACGAGCGCAGGCAUAGUAGAUGCACGUGUUCGAUCUAUUGUUGAUGUUGUUGAAUGUCAAGUAUUUCCAAGUGGCCUUUGCACAAUACAAGUGGCGCCUAACACACAAACAACGGACACUGAACUUCGACUUCUCAAUCAUUUGACAUUUGACAAGUAUCGUGCAAUGUAUGCCUGCGAUGCCGAAAGUUCGCAUGUGUCUUGUAUUGAAAUACUUUUAAUUGGUGUGCACAAACUUAAUUAUCACUAUGUGUCCGAUCGAUUAUAUCAAGCAAUUCAAGGACUUGUGUCAUGUCGUUUUCUCAAUGAUGAUGAUGAUAAUGAUGACAGUCGUGUCGAACUGAAAUAUGACUCAAGAAAACUCAGUCGAUUUGAACUAUUAUCGAUGAUGCAUAGUCUUGGUUAUUCGGCGCAAAUUGAUCAAAAUGAGUCAAAUUUCGGAUCUGGAAUGGUCGUAGUACAUAUUCGUAUUGAAGGCAUGCAUUGCAAUUCAUGCGUAUCAAAUAUAUGUACCACAAUUGAAGAUCUACCCGGCACUCUAGAUAUCAAAUUAACUUUUCAAGAAAGCAUUGCCACUGUGACUUAUGAUUCGCGUAAUUUAAGUCUUACUCAAAUUGUAACCGAAAUUGAAAAACUUGGCUUUAAAGCUGCCAUAAUAACUGAUCAACAUGAAACCGAACCAUCACCAUCCGAAGUCAGUAGUCGGAAUGACUUCGCAAGAGCGACACACGCACGUAAAAAGCAAAGCGAUGGCAUUGAAACAUGCUUCAUUCAAGUUGAAGGCAUGACUUGUACGUCAUGUGUUGAUAGCAUCGAACGAAAUUUAUCAAAAGUCAAAGGCAUUCAUUCUGUAUUAGUGGCUUUACUAGCUCAGCGUGCCGAAGUUAAAUACGAUCCUGAGCAUCUACUACCAUCUCAGAUAGCCGGUUUAAUCAAGGGCCUUGGAUUUCGCGCUCAAAUACUUGACACAGCGACACGUGGUAUCGAUGUUAUUGAUGCUAAUAUCGAUGGCAUGACUUGUGCUUCUUGUGUUAACAAAAUUGAACGUCAUAUUAAAUCAUUAUCAGGCGUCAAAUCUAUUGACAUAGCUCUACUUACUCAUCGCGGUCGUAUAAAAUAUGAUGCCAGUAUUAUCGGUCCUCGAGAUAUUAUCAUGCAAAUCACGAAUCUUGGCUUUCCUGCAACGCUUUUGUCAGACGAUUACAAAAAUGAUGACUUGGCUAAAUUACAGGAAAAAAUGACGAAAAAAUGGAGAAAUGCAUUUUUCAUGUCUACUCUAUUCGGUAUACCGGCCAUGGUGGUUAUGCUUUUGUUCAUGUUCAAAUGGAAAGAUCAUGACAGUGUACCACAAAUUCGAGAUGGUCUGUCAUAUGAAAAUGUCAUCAUGUUUGGCCUGGCUACACCUGUACAGAUUGUUUGUGGUCGACAUUUCUAUGUCAAUGCAUACCGAUCAUUGAAACACAAAUCAGCAAACAUGGAUGUUCUUAUUGUAAUGGCAACAACAAUUGCUUAUGUCUAUUCUGUACUAAUCAUGGUUGUGAAUAUUAUUCUUAAAUUGGAUAGUCCAAUGACUUUUUUCGAUGUCCCACCGAUGCUCUUUCUUUUCAUUGCACUUGGUCGAUGGUUGGAAAAUGUCGCUAAAGGUAAAACAUCGCAAGCACUGAAGAAACUCAUGUCAUUACAGCCUCUACAAGGCGUACUUGUUAAGCUUGACGAAAGAGGGAAAAUUAUCGAAGAACAAGUGAUUCUCGCUCAAUUGAUACAGCGUGGCGAUCUUCUUAAAGUUGUACCUGGUGAAACAAUUCCUACCGACGGUCGAAUCGUCGACGGUACGACUACAUGUGAUGAAUCAUUGAUUACAGGUGAAUCGAUGCCAGUGGAUAAGGCAGUUGGUGCUCAAGUAGUUGGUGGUACAAAGAACUUGGUUGGUUCUAUUAUAAUGCAAGCGACACAUGUUGGUCAAGAAACUGCAUUGAAACAAAUAAUUAAACUAGUUGAAGAUGCUCAAACAUCGAAAGCACCUAUUCAAGAGUUAGCGGAUAAAAUUGCAGGUGUUUUUGUUCCAUUUAUUCUUAUUAUUUCAUUUGCAACUUGGCUGAUCUAUGUGAUUAUCGGUUAUACUGCUUAUGAUAGUUUAAAGAAACAUUCGAGUUAUGGUGGAUCCAAUAUGACGCAUUAUAGUCAAAGUGAAAUUGUAUUCGAACUUGCCUUUCGAUAUAGUAUUACUGUUCUAUCUGUUGCUUGUCCGUGUGCACUUGGUUUGGCAACACCGACUGCAGUUAUGGUAGCGACAGGUGUUGGUGCUGCAAGUGGUAUUCUGAUCAAAGGUGGUGAACCUUUGGAGUUAGCAAGAAAAGUACGAACCAUCGUCUUUGACAAGACAGGUACGAUUACGAAAGGAAAGCCAUGUGUCGUCGACAAGCAAAUCUUUAUUGAAGAUGAUGAUCACUUAACGCUUGAUCGAAUGUUAGCAAUUGCAGCGACGGCUGAAAGUGGCUCUGAACAUCCACUAGCGUUAGCAAUACAGAACGAAUGUAAACAAAGGUUUCGUACCGAGCAAAAGGGUCAAUGUCUUGAUUUCAAAGCUACAUGGGGCUAUGGUCUAUUUGCUCGUGUGACUGGUAUCGACUGCCUUAUACCAGAAAGUGACACACAACGUUCUUAUACGGUAUUGAUUGGAAAUCGAGAGUGGAUGGUGCGACACAACCUUAAUGUCAGUGAUCGUAUUGAUAGAGCAAUGUCAAUCCACGAACAGGAUGGUCACACAGCUGUACUUGUUGGCAUUGACAAUAAAUUGGCCGGUAUGUUUGUCAUUGCCGAUGAAAUCAAACCAACAGCACCCUUGACAAUUUUUGCUCUUCAAUCACUCGGUCUACAUACAAUUCUACUAACAGGUGAUAAUAUAAAGACAGCACGAGCAAUCGCUGCCAAAGUUGGCAUUAAAUCUGUUUAUGCUGAAGUACUACCUACACAAAAAGAACGUUUCAUCAGUAAACUCAAAGAAAAAAUGGAUCCAAAUGAGAAAAUAGCUAUGGUCGGUGAUGGAAUAAAUGAUUCACCUGCACUGGCUCGUGCUGAUGUAGGCAUUGCAGUUGGCAGUGGCACUGAUGUUGCAGUAGAAGCUGCUUCAAUUGUUUUGAUCCGUGACGAACUUUUUGAUGUUGUCACUGCUAUUUUACUAUCGAAAAAGACAAUAUGGCGUAUAUGGAUUAAUUUUAUUUUUGCCAUUGGAUACAAUACAAUAGCCAUACCGAUUGCAGCUGGUGUUCUUAUUCCUGCAAAUAUUCAUCUCAAACCAUGGAUGGCUUCAGCUGCGAUGGCUCUAUCAUCGAUUAGUGUCGUUCUAUCAUCACUUUUGUUACGCUACUUCCGUAAACCAGAGAUCAGAACUUAUGAGAAUAGCUCUUAUAGACAGUGGUGUACCACCAUGUCUGCUAACAUCGAAGUUCAUCGUGGUAUCGAGAAUGUCGUCGGUACUAGUCAACGUACAAGUCCAACUAGUUCACGUAGUGGUACCAGCAGUAAAUUAUCACAAUUGCUCGUCGAUGCUGUUUCAACAUUUGUCAAACAAAGCUUCGGUGAAAAAGUUAAAAGCAAACUCACUACUACUACUACUACUAUGGACGACAAUAUUGGUUUAAUUGUAAUUAAAAAAUAG